AUGAGACUGUUGACAGCCUACCGCUCCUCCUAUGAGUGGGACUCUUAAAAUGGUCGGCUUUAGGACCCGGGAGAGCGGGCUGCCACAGAGGCAUUGCAGACAGCGCGUUUGGGAGGUGUAGUGGAAGAAAGGCAAAGAAACGGAGUAAAUGAGAGCACUUUUGUCCAGAUUGUUGAAGGACUUAUCAACUUAAAAUACCGCCGAAACAGCUCACUAUAAUGAGACGGACACAUUGUUGAAUUCCUGCCCAGGUAAAUGUCCGCGUUUCCUUCGCAUGUUUAACUACAAGAGGUCGACAGCUAGACAGGGUAACCACCAUUGAGAAGGAGGCUGUAAACCCCAGGACCUUGUCUCCAGGCUCCUGCACACAGCUAAGAGAAGGAAACUCCCGAAACAACGCUGUCUCUCUCCCUGUGGGAAACCUGGAUCCUCCACCCUGCCCACCAACAUGACCAAUGUGGUAAUUGUCAAGGAGGGGUGGCUGCAUAAAAGAGGAGAAUACAUCAAGACCUGGAGGCCGAGGUAUUUUCUUCUGAAGAGUGAUGGUACAUUCAUUGGCUACAAAGAGCGACCGCAAGAUGUUGACCAGCUGGAAACCCCCUUAAAUAACUUCUCUGUCGCACAGUGCCAGCUGAUGAAGACGGAACGGCCUAAGCCCAACACAUUUAUCAUCCGCUGCCUGCAGUGGACCACUGUCAUCGAGCGCACCUUCCACGUGGAGACCCCCGAGGAGAGGGAAGAAUGGACUAAAGCCAUCCAAGCAGUGGCUGAAGGCCUGCAGAAACAAGAGGAGGAGAUGAUGGACUCCUCUCCAGACCCCAUGGACAUGGAGGUCUACCUGACCAAACCCAGACAGAAAGUGACUAUGCACGACUUUGAAUACCUCAAACUCCUGGGAAAAGGCACUUUUGGCAAAGUUAUCCUGGUAAAGGAGAAGGCCACAGGACGCUACUACGCCAUGAAAAUCCUAAAGAAGGAGGUCAUCGUAGCAAAAGAUGAAGUGGCGCACACACUCACAGAGAACAGAGUCCUCCAGAAUUCAAAGCAUCCGUUCUUGACAGGACUGAAAUACUCCUUUCAGACACAUGACCGCUUGUGCUUCGUCAUGGAGUAUGCAAACGGUGGUGAGCUUUUCUUCCAUCUGUCAAGGGACCGUGUAUUCUCAGAGGAGCGGGCACGGUUCUACGGUGCAGAGAUAGUCUCAGCGUUGGACUACUUGCACGCUGAAAGAAACGUGGUCUAUCGAGAUCUAAAGCUGGAAAACCUUAUGCUGGACAAAGAUGGACACAUAAAGAUCACAGAUUUUGGCCUGUGUAAGGAGGGGAUCAAAGAUGGUGCCACCAUGAAAACUUUCUGCGGGACGCCGGAGUACCUAGCACCUGAGGUGCUGGAAGACAACGAUUAUGGGCGUGCUGUGGACUGGUGGGGUCUGGGGGUGGUGAUGUAUGAGAUGAUGUGCGGCAGACUGCCUUUCUACAACCAGGACCAUGAGAAGCUGUUCGAGCUCAUCCUAAUGGAAGACAUCCGCUUUCCUAGGACACUCGGCCCCGAGGCACGCUCGCUGCUCUCUGGCCUUCUAAAGAAAGAACCAAUGCAGAGGUUAGGUGGAGGGCCUGACGAUGCCAAGGAAAUCAUGCAGCACAAGUUCUUUGCAGGAAUUGAAUGGCAAGAUGUUUAUGAGAAGAAGCUGGUCCCGCCGUUUAAGCCCCAAGUUACCUCGGAGACGGACACACGAUAUUUUGACGAGGAGUUCACAGCACAGACCAUCACUAUUACGCCACCCGGACAAGAUGACAGUAUGGAGUCCUUCGACAGCGAGCGGAGACCCCACUUCCCCCAGUUCUCCUACUCUGCCAGUGGGACGGCCUAAACGACUCUCAUACAUUCCUCCAGUCCCACCAUCUCCCCUCACCCCACCCGACUGCACUCUCAAAAGACCGGGGCCACAGCCCCAUCCUCUCUGCAUUGUCUGCAGAUGCCGUUGGUGGAUGUAACAUUUCCAAUCUGCAAGUUGUGUUUUCCAGGAAGGAGGAAAUUCAAGACAAAACAAAGAUAACUGUGGUUGUUCUGUGAGGACUUUGAAGACUGACCACGGAGAGAGAGUUAACGCUGCCCUGCAUCUCCUAGUUGUUAUGUUGUAUACUGAGCAGGCAUCCAUACACCAUAAUGAAUGGGGAAAUGUAGUUAUUAGGCCACUGAUGUGAUUUUUGUAGUUAAAACGUACAACUGAAAAUAAAUCAACCAUUUAAAAUAGAACUAGGCAUAUUGUGGACCAAAACAAUCAUGUGAGCAGAGAGUGUGUUGUUUGUUGAGUGGGUAAUAAAUCCUUGUUUUCCUCUGCAAGACUUCUAAAUUCAGUCCAUUCAGACCUCGAGACAAUUUUGGGUCCAAAAGUGAAUGUACCGUAUCAAAAUAAAGUCAAUCUUUCUGCAUACAUAUGUGUUGAGAACAUGGCUGAUUCUCCGAAGACUGAAUAACCAUCUUCUGGAGGAUUUUUUAAAUCACUUUUCUGCUACCCUGAUGCAAAACUGACACAAAGCGGUCUGUUGUACUCUCAUGCUACACCACAAUGAGUGAUUAAUCAAUUGUGCAAUACAGUCUGAUGUAAGGAAUGGAAACACAAAAAAAUGCAGAGUGAUUAAUCCUUAAGGUAAAAAGCUGGCCUGCAGUGGAUUCCUCUUGCACAUCUUGUCACUGAGAGACCACCAAUUGUCUGUUCAGGUUAAUACAUAGCACCUCCAUUCCUCCUAAACCCUCUAAAGUAAGUGCUUAUAGUUCCUGAUGCCUUCCUAUCUGGAUGCUGUGCUGCGGACCCCUCCUGGUUUCCCUCUGAUCAGAGCCAGUCACUGGUGACCCUGAUCAGAAGCUCUUCUCUCCUCUGGCUUUUCCUCCAUGUACAGUACAGUAUUGGGUGUUUUCCACCCAGUGCAUUCACUGCAGCCUCAAUGAGGUCACUUUAACAUAAUACACUUCUUUAGGAAUACUUUGCAAACAAACUGGGCUUCAGGGGAAACCCACACAAAGAGUCAUCUUUGAUAUGCUACUUUAGGGGACUUCUGUCCCUUCACGAGCUUCUGAGUUAUUUAUAUGAGACCAGCAUUGACUAAAAUGAGUUUUACUGUGCCAAUGAUAUGCCCCAAAAUGAUUGUAUUUGGACUUUUAUUUGUACUUUAUGGUUGAUGAAGACUAAAUUAGCUUCUUUUAUAAUGUUAAUUCAAUUUGUGUGUUCAAAUAAAACAAGAAUUGCUUGUUUAAAUGAUUAACCCCUUUUACGGACGACUGAAGCUGAACUGAGACUCCUAUUUCAACGUGUACUAAGAAGUAUCCAAAAGCGCUUCAGUAUUUUAUUUUUUUUCUAAGACGGAUAAUCAUUUUUCAAAAGUGCAUCAUACAUUAUUGAAUGUAAUGGUUUUUAUAUUGUUUUUACUUCAAUCAUUUUCAAACCUUUUUGUUACUUAUUCCUAUGCACGCUUACCUUUUUGCUGUCACCUUCUGAAAAUAGGGAAGUUCAUUUUAUACUUUUUAUUUUUUAUUUCAACUUGUUUUGUACCUGCCCUCCCAUACUCCUGAGACUGAAGACACCAGCUUUAGUAAACAAAUAAUAUAAACUUUGUACACUGUUUUUACUUGUUUCUUUCAAAUUGAUGAAAUAAAAGGUCUUAACAAAAA